CAUGCUGGGAGCCGCGCGUCCUGCGCAAAGGAUUUUUUUCCCUCCCAAGCUCUGGUUUCCUGGUGACGCUGUCCGGAGUUAACGCCAACGCUUACGAUCCCUCCUAACGUCCUGCUGAUGGUUGGGCCCCAAGCGGCCAGCGAUCCUCCAGAAGAGGCAUCUUGAGGAGGAAGAAUUAUCACACCUUUUAAGAUCAAGGUUCCUAUCUGGACUUCUCUGGAUUUUGUGUCUCCAGUAAAGGAAACCCCAAGAGUACCGAUCAGACCUUGAAGUCUAAAACUAUGGCCCGCGGUUUGGUGACAUUCUCAGAUGUAGCCAUAGACUUCUCUCAGGAGGAGUGGGCAUGUCUGGACUCCGCGCAGCGGGACCUGUACUGGGAUGUGAUGCUGGAGAACUACAGUAACCUGGUCUCGCUGGAUUUGGAAUCACCAUAUGAGACCAAGCGUUUACCUACACACAAGGGCAUUUAUGAGAUAAAUUUUUCCAAACGGAACUCAAAUGGAAAAAGUAAAUCCCUUGGCCUUGCCUGGAUGUCUGAAGGUGAGUUUGAAGGACCACAGGCCCCUCAAAAGGGAUAUUUCAAUCAGAUAAACAACUGUGGGAAAGCUCCCACUUACAGAGAAAACGCCUCUGUCAGAACACACCAGAGACUUCACAAUAGGGAAAAUUCCUAUGAGUGUAAGGAAUGUGGGAAGGCCUUUAGUCGCGGCUAUCAGCUUACUCAACAUCAGAAGAUUCACACUGGUGAGAAACCCUAUGAAUGUAAAGAAUGUAAAAAGGCCUUCCGUUGGGGUAAUCAACUUACCCAACACCAGAAAAUCCACACUGGCGAGAAACCUUAUGAAUGUAAGGACUGCGGGAAGGCCUUUCGAUGGGGUUCGAGCCUCGUUAUUCAUAAGAGAAUCCAUACGGGCGAGAAGCCCUAUGAGUGCAAAGACUGCGGGAAGGCCUUUAGGCGCGGCGAUGAGCUCACUCAGCAUCAGAGAUUCCACACUGGUGAGAAAGACUAUGAGUGUAAAGACUGUGGCAAGACCUUUAGCCGUGUGUAUAAGCUGAUUCAGCAUAAGAGAAUUCACAGUGGUGAGAAACCCUAUGAAUGUAAGGACUGUGGAAAGGCCUUUAUUUGUGGUUCGAGCCUCGUUCAGCACAAGAGAAUUCAUACCGGUGAGAAGCCCUAUGAGUGUCAAGAAUGUGGCAAGGCCUUUACUCGCGUCAAUUAUCUCACUCAGCAUCAGAAAAUCCACACCGGCGAGAAGCCUCACGAAUGUAAGGAAUGUGGGAAGGCCUUCCGCUGGGGUUCAAGUCUCGUGAAACACGAGAGAAUCCAUACAGGUGAGAAGCCAUAUAAAUGUGCAGAGUGUGGGAAGGCCUUCAACUGUGGCUAUCACCUUACACAGCACGAGAGAAUUCACACUGGCGAAACGCCUUACAAGUGUAAGGAAUGUGGGAAGGCCUUUAUUUACGGGUCCAGCCUUGUCAAACACGAGAGGAUUCACACAGGGGAGAAACCCUAUGGAUGUAAAGAAUGCGGGAAGGCCUUCAGUCAUGGCCAUCAGCUUACACAGCAUCAGAAGAUUCAUACCGGUGAGAAACCCUCCGCGUGUAAGGAAUGUGGAAAGGCAUGUAAUCACAUAAACCACCUUCAGGAACAUCAGAGACUUCAUACUGUUGAAAAACCUUUUGCGUACAAAGAACGCACGGUGGCCUCUGUCCAGCAUUCAUUUCUUCCACAACAUGAGGAAAAUUUGUGAUAAAAUGUAAUAUAACAAAGCCUUUACUGGUCGCCUUCCUGCUUGUAGAGUACCAGAAGUCAUAUUAGAGGUGAACUUGGAGAACGAAGAAGUGGCCUUUGCUUGUUGAUCACAGCAUAAUCAGUGUAGUGACUUUUUACUGGAUAGGUUAGUUUUAUGAAUGCAUAGAAACCUUCUGGUACCAUUUCAUCUCUAUCAUAGUUCAGGUUUAUUCUAGGGUAAAACCCUGUUGAUGGAACAUAAGUGGGAGAGCCUUUCCUCGUGGUACAAUCCCUACCUGUUGUCAUCACCGUCCCACCUCUUUACUCCCUGAGACCUGGGGAAAUUAGCUGUUACCCCUGUGCAUUGUGAAGUGGGGCUGAUCACACCUACCUAAUACUGCUGUUGUGGUGAUUAAAUGAGUUUGGUACCUGUACACUUGUUGAAUGUGUAUCUGGAGUAUUUUGUAAGCUCAAUAAAUACUAGCUGUUGUUGUUCUCAUUAUUAGUAGCAUUGCUGUUAGUAAAUUAUUAAAACCCCUGUGGGUGCAGUGAGUUAAGACUUAAACUUCUAGAAGAAAAUACAGAUUACUGUCACAACGUUGGGGUAGGCAGCGCUUCUUAGCACACAGAAGACACUAAAUGUAACGUUAAAAAUUAUUAAGUUGGAUUUCAUCAAAAGUACAAAGUUCUGAUCAUUGAAUGACACCAUGAAGGUGGUGAAAAAGCAAGAAGCAGAGUGGGAGGAGAUAUUUACAUACACCUGAUGAAGGUUUCACAUUGAAAGUACAAAGAAUCCUUCAAGUCAUUAAUAAAAUGACAAAUCAGUUAAGAGGUAGGGGGAGACUUACAUAUGCAUUUAAGAUCACCAAAUGGCCAGUAAGUAAGUGAAGAUGUGUUAAACAUCAUUGCUUCUCAAGAAUAUGCGAAAUAAAAUCACCAUGUGAUGUCACUGGCCACUUGCCAGAAAGGCUGACAUUACAACUGUAUAUGAGUUGUCUCUUUGUUGGAUAUUCAAACAUGGCCUCUUAGGAAGGAACAGAACCAGCACAGUGGACCUCUCCAAGUCCUGGAGGUCCUGCAGCAGUGAUACAGAGGUGAUACUAGAGGGAGGCACGUGGGCUUGUCCCAGGGAAGGGGCCAGAGCCUGGGAUCAAGUCCUGGAGGAGUUGAGGGAGCAGUUAGACUUAGGAGGGACUUGAGCUGUCUUAAUUAAGAGGGUCAGUCCUAGAGUGAAGGGAGUAUGUUGUCUUGGGGAAGGGACUUGAGUCCAUGGUGAGGAAUCUGAGACUGUGGGUGAGGGAAGGCUAGAGCCCAUGGGAGUGAGUUUGAAAAAGUACCAGGGCAUGGGAGGGCCUGGUACAUGGGGAGUGAUCAGCUAGAGCUCAGACAGGUCCUGGGAGACUGGAGAAAAGGGGAGAGCCCAGAAGAGGAGCCUUUGAGAGCUGGAGGAGGACUUGAAUGCUGUCCAUGAGAAUAGCCUGGGAGAUGUAGGGUUGUUGCUGAAGCCAUUGAGAGAACCUUGGCACAGAAGAUGACAGUGUGGUUAGAACCCAGAGGAGUGCCCUGUGGAGGCCAGCAGAGGGUCCAGAAUCAGGCUGAAGUAGUGCUUAUCUUUGGUUUAUCUCAGAAGGGAAAUUAGAAAAUACAUAGGAAUGAAAAUCAAAACAAAACACAACUCACGGGAUGCAGUGGAAGCCAUGCUUUAAAGACAGUGUAUAGGAGUAAAUGCCUACAUUUAAAUAGAAAAAAGAUCUCAAGUAAGUAAACUAACUCUUCAUGGUAAGAAACUAGAGAAAGAGCAAACUAAACCAAGAGCAACAGAAGGAAGAAAAUAACAGGGAUUAGAGUGGAGAAAAAUGAAAUGGGGAAUUUUUCUACAUGAUAAAAAGAAUUGACGGAGCCAGAUGUUGGUUCUUUGAAAAGAUAAACAAAAUGGGCAAACCUUUAGCUAGACUGACCAAGGGGGUGAAAGUAAUUUUGCAGAGAAGUCCAAGAUCAAUAGAGACGCUUCCAGUCUCUUCUAGGUGUGUGUGGCAGUGGUGAAACAUCACGAAAGCAUGGAAGCUUGAACAUGCCAACAUUGCAAAUAACCACGGUAAACCUGGGUACAUUCAGUUAUACCAGAACAGGGAUCGCCAAGGUUUUCCAGUUGAGAGCCAGAUAGUAAAUAUUUUAGGUUUUACAGGUCACGUAUGCUCUGGGUCACAUAUUCCUCUACUUUUUUAAAUAGCCUUUUGAAACUGAAAACACUCUUAGCCUCCAGACCGUACAAAAUCAGGGCCACAGGUGAGAUUUGAGCUGUGGACUAGAGUUUACCUGACUACUGCACUAAACUAAUAGGUGAGCAUGGGAGAAAAUUCUAGAUCAGCAUUAUCCAAUGUGGUAACAAAUAGCGACACAGACUCUUGAGCACUUGAAAUGUGGCCGGGUGGUAAAGGAAGUGUAAGAUACACACUGAGAUUUGAAGACUGGAAACACAAAAGGUAAAACAUCUCAUUAAUAAUUUGUACUUUCAUUACAUGUCAAAAUGAUAACAUUUUGGAUGUUUUCAGCUGAAUAAAGUAUAUUAUUAAAGUUAA